AUGAGUGAGGUUCCCAUAAUCUCAGCGAGGGCAUCAGUGAUGAUAUAUGAUGAUGUCAACAAACGGUGGGUGCCAAGUGGGACAACACAAGGUCUGUCAAAGGUCCAGAUAUACCAGCACACAGUGAACAACACUUUCAGAGUUGUAGGCCGGAAAGUUCAGGAUCAUGAGGUAGUCAUCAACUGUGCUAUCCUCAAGGGACUCAAAUACAACCAGGCCACUCCUACAUUUCACCAGUGGCGAGACAGUCGCCAGGUCUAUGGUCUGAAUUUUGCAUCACGAGAAGAUGCCGAAAAUUUUUCACAAGCCAUGCAGGCAGCUUUAGAAACUUUGAGCAGUGUGUAUCGUCAGCCUGCUCCAGUGGCGCCAGCACCUCAGCCACCCCAACACCAAGGCAACAUUUAUGCCCAAGCAAUGAAUGCCGUCAAUGUGCCUGCAGAUCCAGAUGAGUGGAUACAAAGAGAAGACCAGUCCAGUCACAAAAGACACCUGUCUACUGGAGGUAUGCGGGAUUCCUAUCCAGAAUCUGCACCAAGUCUUUCCCCACAAGUUCCUCCCCAGCUUCCAAGCUCAGCUCCCCCAGAGCCUCCUGCUCCUCCUGCACCCCCUGCAGCCCCAGCUGCUCCUUUAGCACCUCCAGCACCAGCUGCUACCUCAGCUGGAACACCACCACCUCCUCCUCCCAUUCCCACUGGAGGUUUUCAGCCUCCAGGAGGGGGUGCUAGUACUAAUCAAGGAGGAUUUGCUGCAGCUCUGCAAGGAGCCAAAUUAAGAAAGACACCGAAGCCAGAGGAAAAAGAUGCCGGUGCAGCACCACACUUAGAUCGCACUAGCUCUAGCUCUAAUAUCAUCAACCCGGUCUCAAACCGGGGUAGUAGCACAAGUGGGGGUGGAGGCGGACACAUCGACGUUAUCUCUGAGAUGCAGCAGAAGCUCAAAGCCAGGAAAGCCAAGUCUGAGACACCAGGACAGGGAGAUGCAGAUCUGCCUGCUCCUGCCGUGGCACCCAGUACCUCCCCAGACAUACGGCGACCUUGGGAAAAGAAUGCUGGGAAUGGAGUGGCAACAAAACCUGGUCAUGUUAAUGGAUCAGAGUCCCCCAAACCCCUUAGACAACGCAACCCAUCUUUGACUGGUCAGGAGGUAGCCAGCCUCAUUAACGAGGGGGGAGCCUUGAGUGGGGAGUUGGAAAUCCUGAAGCAAGAAAUACUGACAGAGAUGAGGAAGGAAAUCAACAAGAUGAAGAACGAGAUUAUUGAUGCCAUCCAGCAGGAAUUGGGACACAGAUAA